CCGAUAUCGCAGUGGUCGGGAUGGCCGUCAUGGGCCGCAAUUUGGCCCUCAAUAUCGAAAGCCGCGGGUUCACCGUCGCCGUCCACAACCGCACCGCCCGCACCCUUGAGGCCUUCGUCAACGGCGAGGGCGCAGGCAAGCGGCUCCUGCCAUGCGCUACGCUGGCCCGAACUGGUCGCGGCGCUCAGCCGUCCACGGCGGAUACUGCUGAUGGUGCAGGCGGGCGCGCCCGUCGAUGCGGUGCUCGCCAACUGCAGCCGCUGCUGGAUCCCGGCGACGCCAUCCUGGACGGCGGCAAUUCGUUCUUCGCCGAUACCAUCCGCCGUUGCCGGGAAGCGGAAGACGCCGGCCUGCUGUACCUGGGAACCGGCGUGUCGGGCGGUGACGAGGGAGCGCUGCGCGGUCCGAGCAUAUGCCGGCGGCAGCGAGGCGGCGUACGAUGGUAAGCCCCAUCCUGACGGAGAUCGCCGCCACAGGUGGAUGGCAGCCCGUGCUGCACGUACAUCGGCGCCGGGUGGCGCCGGCCACUACGUCAAGAUGGUGCACAACGGCAUCGAGUACGGCGACAUGCAGCUUAUCGCCGAAACGUUCUCCCUGCUGCAGCAACGUGUGCGGCAUGACCUAUCCGGCGAUGCAGGAACGCUUCGCGGACUGGAACCGCGGCGAUCUGGACUCGUACCUGAUCGAGAUCACGGCGCGGAUCCUGGCCGCUACCGACCCGGAAACGGGCGCGCCGAUGGUGGAGGUGAUCCUGGACAAGGCCGGUCAGAAGGGUACGGGGACCUGGACCGGGCAGUCAGCGCUCGAACUGGGCGCCCCCGCACCCACCAUUGCCGAGGCGGUGUUCGCACGCUCGCUAUCGGCUGCGAAGCGGGAACGAGUCACCGCCGCCGGUGUCCUCCGCGGUCCCGGGACGAACUUCACGGGCGAUCGAGCAGACCUUGCCGACGCGAUCGGGCACGCGCUCUACGCCGCGAAGAUCUGCUCCUACGCUCAGGGGUUUGCGCUGAUGCGGACCGCUGCCUCCGAGUACGAAUGGCAGCUCGACUAUGGGGCCAUCGCCAUGAUCUGGCGUGGCGGCUGCAUCAUCCGCGCCCGCUUUCUGCAGCGGAUCAAAGAAGCCUACGACCGCGAGCCGAACCUGGCCAAUCUGAUGCUCGACCCGUACUUCGCCGAUGUGCUGCACCGCGCGCAGUCCGCUUGGCGUAA